CCCGCAGCUCAGCGGCCAUGGGGGCGCGGCUGGGCCGGCGGACCCGACCCGACGCGGGCUCGGAAGCCGGGGCGGCGGCGGGGUGCGGGCCCGCGCCCUAUGAGCGCCGGGUGCGCUGGCUCCGCGAGAUCCAGUCCACGCUCCGCGAGCAGCGGCCGGAGCGCGCCCGGCAGCUGCUGCGCCUCCUGCGCCAGGACCUGGGCCUCGAGGGGACCCUCCUCACAGACAUCCUCUACAGGAAUGUGGCCUUCCUCAAUCUGGUGGACCCCAUCUCCCAUGACCUGCUUGUGAACCUGGCCCGGGACCUGCAGUGCCCCAAGACGGACUAUGAGCUCUGGAAGUCCUCGGAUAAGAUCUGCCGGCAGCUAAUCUACCACCUCACCCCUCACUCCAAGCGGCAGCGAGGGUCCAGCCUGCCCGGGAGGAAGACCCAGAGCUGCCUCAAGAGCAGCCUCCAGAUGACUCAGCUGGCGGGGGAGACCGUGAACCUUUCGGGGAUUCCGCUGUCCUCGAGGGAUGUGCGGCACAUCAUGCGCUACCUGGGAAGCCAGGGAGCCGGGCUCACGGUGCUGGAUCUGAGCUUCACGGGGCUGAGCGACGAGCUGCUGCGCCUGAUGCUGCCCAGCCUCUGGACGCUGCCCCACCUCACCCAGCUCCUGCUCAACGGCAACAGGCUGACGAGGGCCACUGCUCGCGAGCUCACUGAGGCCGUCAAGGACUCCGCCAAGUUCCCCGCGCUGGCCUGGGUGGACCUGGGCAACAAUGUGGACGUGGCCUCCUUGCCCCAGCCCCUGCUGGUCGGCCUGCGCCGGCGGCUCAGCCAGCGCACCUCACUCCCCACCAUCUAUGAGGGCCUGGACCUUGAGCCUGAGGGCAGUGUGGCUGGGGCCACCUCUGCUGCCUCCACCUGGGGCUCUGCAGCUGCUGGGCCAGGGUCUGAGCCUCAGGCCUGCUGCACGAGGUGACCCGCCACCCACCCUGGCUCCUACCUGAGUGCCGAUGCUCCUAGGCACAUGGCAUGGGGGAUGAUGGAGACCCUCCAGGCCCCCAGAAAUCCAGUGUAAAUGCGCAGCCUGGGAUGAAGGGGAUGGAAGGAGAAGGGGUUCACCAGAGUCCAGAUGGUCAACCCAGGAUGGACUGUCAGGCUUCCCUCAG